AACACCUCCAUUUCUCAUAUCAUUAUCUUUCCCCCCACUCCUUGUCCCUGUAAUUAACUAUUUGGCUCUCAUUUCACGAAUCUCUCUCUCCCCGUUUCCCUUCCUCCGCUGCCAAGUUCUGCUCUUUCUGCAGUCUUCACUGACACAGAGGGAGAGAAAGAGUAAGUAGCAGGUCUCUGUACAGUAGCAGAGGAAGGAAAAUCAUAACUUGGUAUCGUUUCACUUCAGCCCAUUUUUCUUUUAAGUUUCAUCUAUAAGAACAACAACUAACCCUCUGUUCUUUGAGAAGAAGAAGAGGGGAGCAUUGAUUUAUGAUCUCCCCCUCUUCCUUUCCCCUCUCCUCAAUACAUGAAGUCUCUCCCAUCCCACUCUUCUUCCAAUGGAUGCUGCUUCCAGUUCCCACAAACCCCUGAUUGCAUCCACCGACGAUGAACCACCACAACCACAGCAACAAACAGAAAACAGUGGCGGCGACCAUUCUCUCCGCGAGGAGGAAGAUGAAGAAGAAGAAACAGAGCAGGAGAAGAGCUGCAGCAGUGACUCUGGCGAUGAGAUUUUGAAGGCGGGUAGGAGGAGGGGAACUUCAUCUUCGUCAUCGGAGGAUGUAGAUCUGGAGCUUGGACUUGAGAUUGAUGAUGAGGGGAAGCAGCUGCAUUUGGGUGAUAAUGUGGAGGAGAGGGAUUGCCGGAUUUGUCAUCUGGGUUUGGAUGCAGGGGAAGAGGACUCUGGCUUCCCGAUUGACCUGGGUUGCUCUUGUAAAGACGAUUUGGCUGCUGUACACAAGCAUUGUGCUGAGGCUUGGUUCAAGAUCAAGGGUAACAAAACCUGCGAGAUAUGUGGAUCGGUAGCACGGAACGUGGCCGGAGCGACGGAGGAGGAUACGAUGGUGGAGCAAUGGAAUGAGGGCAUUGAUGCGGCAGCGGUAGCGGCAUCAGCAGUAGCAGCAGCAGGGCAGCCGGCAGCAGACGCAGGUAGACAUUUCUGGCAGGGGCAUCGGUUCCUCAACAUCCUCCUGGCUUGUAUGGUGUUUGCGUUUGUGAUUUCUUGGCUCUUCCACUUCAAUGUCCCUUCAUAGUUGGAUAAAUGUAACCUAUAUAAAUCAUAUCCCCCUCCUCAAAGAAGGAAAAGGGUUGACAAUACCUUAAUGAAUCAAGGCUCUCAUAAGUUGUAUAAAGAUUUGUAUAUUCAUCCGUAGUUCUAUGAGCUACAUUAAACUUUGCGUGCUUGGUAGGGAUGGCAAUAGGUAGGCCGGGUGCGGAUUUACCCUAUACCAACUCCUAACCCGUCGAGUAGAGCCUCCUAAAAUACCCGACCAAAUAACCAUCGGGUAUGAAAAUGAUAUGAACAAUACCCUACCCACCGGGUAACCACGGGUAUUCGGGUAACCAUGAGUACAAAAUCCUAAAAUAUGAACUUAUACACAUAUAUGCACAUACUGACAUACAUAUUGUUGUCCAUUAAAAAUUCUCAAUACUU